AUGGGAUUGGGAAAGAGUAUCUUACAAAAUCUUGAUCACAAUAUAGAUCACUUCAAUCUUGUCACUGAUAGUGAAAUUGCCCUACAAUGGAUUAAUUCCUCUCGAAAACUUCCAACUUUCAUAAUCAAUCAGAAAGACCGAAUUGAAAAAAUUAAAUCUCAGGUUGAGAGCAAAGGAAUUUCCGUGAACUUUUUCCAUGUUCCAACACACACCAAUCCAGCAGAUGCAGGGACGCGAGGUCUUACAUCAUCUCAACUCGACUCACACAACUGGGUGAGAGGACCGCAAUGGCUGGCUCUAGAGCCAUCUAGCUGGAAACUACGCUCUAUCGAUACUUUGAAUGGAAAAGAAAUUAUGGAAGAAAUGGAAACAUUUGAAAAUCCCCAUGUUGAAGAGUCUGAGAGUAAUAAUGAUAAUGCGAACUCAAUGUUCGUAGAUCUAUCGAGAUUUUCACGCUUCAGGACAGCGUUACGAACUGUAUCUAAAGUUGCGAAAGUGCUGCACAAAUGGAUCAAUCGAUGUAAUACUACUAGAUUGACAUCAAUUGCAAUAUCUACAGUCUCGCACUUUGACCCGGAAUCGCUAAUUGACUGCGAAGAGAUGCGCUUAAGUGAGAAAUUAAUCAUAGCAUCAUUUCAUAAGAAUGUCAACAUGAGAAAACUGCAAAAACGGUUUCCGAACCAAAUAAUCGUAAAAGAUGAAAAUGGAAUCAUAAGAUACAAAUCAAGAAUUCGAAAUGCAAAUCUACCUUUAGAUACAAAAAUGCCUAUUUAUAUCGAUAAUGACUCUGACCUUGUUAGACUCAUUAUUAUAGACUUGCAUUGCAACAAUGCUCACUGUGGCAAAGAUCACAUACUGUCUCUGGCUAGACAGAAAUAUUGGAUUCCGCAGCCAUCAAGAGCAAUUAAGAAGUACAUAAAAGAUUGUACUAUUUGUAAGAGAUGCCAAGGUAUGCCUUUUGGAGCUCCAGAGAUGCCACCACUACCAUCAGAUAGGGUGACAAUAAGCAAACCGUUUCAAAACGUAGGAUGUGAUUUUAUGGGACCAUUUCUAUCCAACAGGAAUGAAAGGAUGUAUAUAUGUCUCUACGCCUGUCUUGCAAUCAGAGCAAUCCAUUUGGAAGUGGUAGAAAGCCUCAGUACAGGAGCGUUUCUCAAUAGUUUUAUUCGAUUUGUAUCACGUAGAGGUGUACCUCUUUUAAUGAGAACAGACUGUGGAUCAAAUUUCAAACUUGGUCAGAAAAUAAUUGAAAAGUUGUUCGAAAGUGAUGAAACAACAGGGAAUUCAGUAAUGAAUUACUAUGCCUCGGAAGGCAUUAGAUGGAUUUUUAACCCACCAGCAUCUCCAUGGAUGGGUGGUGUAUGGGAAAGGCUUGUUGGAUCUGUGAAAAGAAGCUUCCAAGAGUCAGUUGGAAGAAAGAAACUGUCAUUUGAACAGAUGACUACUGUAGUCACUCGUAUAGAGGCAGUUAUAAACACACGUCCACUCACAAAACUCUCAGCAACUGAUCUUUCUGAAAUUUCACUCAGACCUAUUGAUUUUCUACAAGGAAAUUUCAAAUUCUCAAUUCCAAACUCAGAAAUGUCAAAACUCAGAAACGAUCUCACAUUUGAGCCAGAGUUGAUACAGACAGCUGCUCAAGCUUACGAAGCGCUUGUAUCUUCAGAAAACAUUGCAACAAAGUUCUGGGAGAAAUGGAACACUGAAUAUCUUACUAUUUUACGUGACAGCCAUAGAUGUCAAUUGAAUCAGAAACGUCAUGUGAGUAAAAUCCCACAAGUCGGCGAAAUUGUUUUGGUUGAACAGGAAUUACUGCCCAGAGCACAAUGGGUAUACGGUAAAAUAGAAGAUUUAGUACGAAGCGCAGACGGCAUGAUAAGGUCCGCAAAAAUUCUAAUGCCUAGCCGCAAAAUUUUGCAGAGACCAGUUAAUAAAAUAUACCCUCUAGAAAUUCGUUCAGUGCCUGACAACCAACAAUCUGUUGAACGAAACUCUGAGAUCAUGGAUAAUGAUAUCCAUAUCCCAACCACAACUCAAUCUAGGAAUCAUCUAGCGAGAACCUCCAAAUCUCGCGCUUUAGACGUCAUUCGAGAAUUCGAAACAGACCUCGACAGAUCGAUGACACCUACAUCUGCACGAUCAACAGUAUCCUGCCUAAUAACGGCAAUGUUAUCCUUGUUUCUAAUCAACCCUGGUAAUGCGCAACCAAACACCAGUAUUACUUGUAAUGAAGGUAUCGCGUUUAUUACACCUCCUAGAGGACAAUUCGAAUUGUGA